GGGCGCGCAGGCGCGGCCGCCCCUGCCCGGCGCGGGAGCUGAGCGGGCACAGCGGGCAGAAGCGCCGCUCCGCCCCGUCCCGUCCUUCCUCUCCGCCCCGGUCCUGAGGGCUCUGUGCUCCCCGAGGGGCCUCCCUGCGCUCCUCAGCCCCGAGGGCCGCUGCUGUGGCGGCGAUUUUGGGGUGCCGCGCCUCAGAACCAGCUCCACGGGUCUGUGGCCCUGCUUAUGGGCUGCACGGUCUUCGUCCUGCUUCUCUGCGGGGGGAAAAGUAGCAAGGCAAAAGUUUGAGUGUUAAUAGUAUUGUGUUAAUAGAGUGUUUAAAAGUAUUGAGCCUUUUGUUAUUGAGACAGUAAAAAGAGUACGUGCCUUUAUAUAACGUAGCUAUAAGCAGGAAAACAAAGGACGUAGUUACAGACGUACCCAAAGUGCAAAAGUCAAAGACAGCUAUUUAUCUCGAGAUGGAAGAGUCAGUGCUGGAUAAAUUGCCAUCUUUGUGCAAUACUCCAAAGGAUUCUGGGCCAGCACCUGCACAGGGCACUAGUUCAGGGAAACAGCAAAUGAGUGCAGCUCUGAGGGAACGAUUAAGGAAAACAAGACGUUCAUUUAAUGCCAAUUUUACAGUGGCAAAGCGGCUCAAAAUAGACAGUGAAGAAAAAGACACUAAAGACAUUGCUGGUGCUGACACAGGGUGCUUGCCAGAGGCCAGUACAGACUGUUCCAGCUUACAAGAUAGUUCUGAAAACUUGGAAGGAAAUGGCACUGGACAUACAUGUUUCAAAAGUCCCUCACAGGAGAGUGAUCCCUGUGGAUCAGCAGAGAAUUCGGAUGUGCUGCAGGUUGAUCUUGGUCAGCAACAGUCCCUUGAAGAGAAAGUAAAGCUGGAGAAACAAGUGCAAGAGAAGGAAGAGCUGCUUCGUAGACUCAGACUGGUGAAGAUGUAUCGAUCCAAGAACAACCUGUCUGAGCUGCAGGCUUUGAUAGCGAAGUGGAGAAGCAGCACCCAGCUGAUGCUGUAUGAGCUGCAGUCAGCCUUUUCUGCAGAUGGCAAGAAAGUGAGUCUCACUCAGCUCAUCGACACUUUUGGGUUAGAAGACCAGUUACUGCACUACAGCAGAACAGAAGAAGAUUUUGUAGAUGCAUAAUCUACAGCUGCAGAGCUUUCUUUGCACAAACAAAAAAGCAGAAAAGACUGAAUAAAUUCUGAUUGUGUCAGAAGUGUUGGUCAGACAAUGGACUUUAUGCCUUGGGGUUAGGAGGUUUUCUCCAGAGGGACUUGUAAAGCUGUGUGCAUACAUACAGUAGGCACUGUAAAAGGCAUUACUUAAUGGAAAAAAUCAAACUGGUGAUGUUUUGGAGAAUCUGGCUUAAUGACUUGGUCAGUGAAUUUUUAUUUAAUUAAAAUAAAAUUAAGUCAUAGUUUAA